CAUUAUUGUUCACACCAUCUUCAGUUGGCAUACAGCAACUUGAGAGAGAAAAGGUGAAGAAGAAAAACAUGUCGCAUGUAGCUGGUUUGCUCGCCUCGGCUGUGGUCUCAGCGGUGGGCAAUAAGCUGGGUUCUGCCAUUGGGGAUGAGGUCACCAUGCUGUGGAGCUUCAAGGACGACCUCAAGGACAUGAAGGACACGUUGGAGUAUAUGGAGGCAGCGCUCAAGGAUGCUGAGAGGCGGUCUGUUUCGGAGGAGUUGGUGCGGUUGUGGCUCAAGCGGCUGAAGAACGCUGCCUACGACAUCUCUUACAUGCUCGAUGAGUUCCAAGCUAACAGUGAACCAACCUACAGAAAGUGCGUUGCGAUAUACAUCUACCAUGCAGCAAUUACCGAGUAG